AUGGCGACCCCCGAUACUGGGGAUAUGGGAUACAUAAUCACAUCAGGUGGCCGUUUUUACUGGGGUGAUCUGAUGAUUGGUCACAUCGCUGAGAUCACCAAGCCCAGGACCUGGCCGGAGAUUCUGCGCGUUCUUACGACGAAGGGGGCCAAGGGUCUGAGGAAGAAGUUUGUUCAGCGGGUGGUUGUAGAUGAGGAGCCCUGGGAAGAGGAAAUGAGUGAAGGCCAAGGCCCGUCCGUUCCUUCCAGUACAGAUGUUCCUGCCACUUCGGAGAACAACCCUGGUGCAUACGGAUUUCCCCCUGGGAAUGCCGCCAACCUGGUGUCGAGACACCAGGAUAUCACUCACCUUCGCCGCCCCGAUGGCCCCGGCUACCUCGUCCCGCCGCCACCGCAAAACAUCGACCGAAAUUUAUGCGUCCUUGAUAAUGUGUUACAGUAA